UUUUUCCCCCAUUGUCCCCCCCCUCUCUCUCUCUAACUCUAUCUCUUGCUUCGCCUCUCUCUUUCUCUCCUUUGAUCCUCCGGCGAGCUUUGGAUAGGUGGCCGGACGGCGAGUCUUGGGCUCGGAUUCGAUCUCCCGGCGACGGCGGUUUGAUCGGCGGGACGUAUUUCCGGUUGGCUUCGAUCGGUUCUUGGCGGGGCCGAGUCUUUUUAUAUGAUUCUUGAGGGUUUGGUUUUUAUUUGUGAUUUUCUGAGCGAUUAGAGUUCGUAUUUGUGAUUCUUGAAGGUUGGAGCUUGGAAGGGAUUUGUAAUUCGUUCCUUUAGCUAAUUUUUUUGGAUGGGAAAUCGAGCUUUGAAUCAAACUUUAGAUUUAGGGCUUCUUGUGCCAAAAGGGGGUCUUUGUUGAUUUUAUCCUUGUAGAUCGGAUUACGAGACACAACUUUUCUCUUCUUUGCUUGAUUUUUUUUUUCUUUCUAUUUCGUUCUCUUCUUGAGCGUUUGAAGAAAAGAUGAAGAGAGGAUUUGAUCAGAGUAAUCUGGCUUGGAGAGACGGAGGGGGGUUCGGAACGUUACUCUAGGCUUAUAUUACAGUGUUGUGGGAGUAGGAAGAGAGGGGAGAUUGAAGCGGGAAGGUGGGAACUUUUAUUGGGCCUGGCCAUUCUGGACCACUAGAAAGGGGCAAUUAAUUCACAGGCAGGGGAAAGUAAAAGGCGAUUUUUUUUUCUUUCAAGUGUUGAUUGGACGACCUUAAGCUCAGGGAGUCGAGAGCUUCUGCAGCAAUGGAUGUGCAGGAUAAAAGUGGAAGACCUAGUCUGAAUCCUAUCCACAUUCCUGAUAGGAGGAUGUGCAUGGAUAUCGGAACUUCAUCUGUGAUUGGCCAUCAAUCAAAAGAAUCUAGCUUAUCAGGAGAUGAACAUGCAAUCAAGGUAAGGAAACCUUACACAAUAACAAAACAGCGGGAAAGAUGGACGGAAGAGGAACACGAAAAGUUUCUCGAGGCUUUAAAACUGUAUGGUCGUGCUUGGCGCCGAAUUGAGGAGCACAUAGGCACCAAGACUGCUGUUCAGAUUCGAAGCCAUGCUCAGAAGUUUUUCUCAAAGGUGGUUCGCCAGCCAGGAACUGCGAAGGCUGUCGAGAUUCCCCCUCCUCGACCAAAAAGAAAGCCACUGCAUCCAUAUCCUCGUAAAUUAGGCAACUCACCCAGCAAGGGCCUCCCUGUUAUGGAGCGGCCAGAAUGGUCUUCACUGCCAAUUCCGUCAGCUUUUGAACCAGAAAACAGUUCACCAGUAUCAGUUUUAUCUGCAGUAGGAUCAGAUGCUGUAGGAUCAACAGUCUCAAAUCCAACACAUGCUUGCACAUCUCCAGUGUUGUCUGCAGCCAGAUCAGAUCUAAUUGGAACAUUAUUUACCGAACAAGAGAAUGGAUGCCAAUCACCUACACCAUCAGUUGAAGAUGAGAAUAGAUCUACAUCACCUGGACCAGCAUCAACUUGUUUAGUUGCAGAAGAUAAAUCCCAGAUGGAAGUAGAUUUGAGUUCAAAAGAUGAAACUCCCAAAGGAGGUUGUCAAAUAGAAACACAAGCAACUUCCCUGAAGCUAUUUGGAAGGACGGUCUUGGUGACUGAUGCUCAAAAACCAUGCUCUUCUAGUGUUGGGAAUACGAUGCAAUCUUGCAAGUCAUUGCCUGCUGUUGGCAGCAGCUGCUCUGUAAGCACAGACGUGGAUUUGCAGACCCCAACUAAGCCAGUUCUGCAAACUCCGGCACAAGGAAACCUUUGGGGUGGUCCAGGUAAAAGUGUGUGGAGUGCAUUUAAUGGUGGAACCUGCCCCAUGUUUUACCGUUUGCCCCCUCAUGGGGAUUUUAUGAACUCAACAGAAGCUGCAUGUCCUCUUCCUUGGUGGUGGGCGUUCUCUGGAACUCAACCAACAUUGCCAUUUAUCAAUCCACAGAAUAUGAACUCAGUGCAAAUAAUGCCACAAACCUGUAUAGAAGCCUCAGAUGAUAAAGAUAGCCAGAAGGAAGGUUCUUGGACUGGCUUUAACACUCCUGCUUGCACAGCAAGUAUUGUUGAUAAAAAUAGCGAUGAUGUCGACUCUAAACGAGGUGUUGAGCAUCUGAAGGAACCAGCACCUGCAUUGUUGAGACUAAAGCAUAGUGAGAACUCCGCUUUUGUAAGUCUGAGAGUCAACACAGAAAAAUCUCCCAGGGGAUUUGUGCCGUAUAAUAGGUGUCUAGCUGAAAAACAAGCAAAACAGCACUCUCAGAUGGCCAACCAAGAAAGAGACGGUCAAGCAUUAGGAUUGUGUUUGUAGUCAUUUUCUUAACCUCUAUCUCCAUUUUGUUUGUUUGCAGAGAUGGUUUUUGCUUGACAGCCAGGGGAGGGAUGUUGUUCAUUGCAGUUGAAUUAACUGCAGUGGGUUUGGGUUGUGAACGAUGAGGUUAGUGGUUUUGUAGGCAUACCAUCUCUGCUGCUUGUUGUAUCCAAACCAGGUGACUUUCUGUUGGAAAAUAUUCUUCAUACUUGUAAUUUCCCAUCAUAGGGUUUCUUUUCUAUGAUAUUGAUAUGCGUUGUUAUGA